UAUAUAACCCUAUUAGUUCAUCGUUUUUCCAUUCCCUUCAGCCCUUUUCCAUUUUGUUCAUUUGUCAUCUUCUUAGCUUUCCUCUCCUCGGGAUCUGGUCCGAGAGACCACUACGAGUUCUACAAUUCCCGAGGAUCGAACUUUGAACUCUUCCUUUUUCCUAGUUUAGUCUUUUUGUCCUGUCUUGUCUCUUGUCUUUUACCAGUUCUUGGACCCUUCUCUUGACUUGGAGAGCUUACUUUCUGACCGCAGAAAAGAAUAAAACCCUAUUCUUCUCUGCUCAAAAUUGACUUUGCUCAGAUCUGUGCACUUGGAAACUAAGGUCAUAAAAUAUUUGAUUGCAAGAUCAUGAAUUCGUUUUCACAUGUUCCUCCUGGAUUUCGAUUCCACCCAACUGAUGAAGAACUUGUAGAUUAUUACCUCAGGAAGAAAAUUACUUCCAGAAGGAUUGACCUAGAUGUUAUCAAAGACGUGGACCUCUACAAGAUUGAACCAUGGGAUCUUCAAGAAGUAUGCAGAAUAGGGACAGAAGAACAGAAUGAAUGGUACUUCUUCAGCCACAAAGAUAAAAAAUAUCCAACAGGUACAAGAACAAAUAGAGCAACAGCAGCAGGAUUCUGGAAAGCAACUGGAAGAGACAAAGCUAUUUAUUCCAAGCAUGACUUGAUUGGCAUGAGGAAGACAUUGGUGUUUUACAAAGGGAGGGCUCCAAAUGGUCAAAAAUCUGACUGGAUUAUGCAUGAAUACCGACUUGAGACUGAUCCAAAUGCUGCCCCUCAGGAAGAAGGAUGGGUGGUAUGCCGAGUGUUCAAGAAGAGAAUAGCAACCAUAAGGAAAGAAAGUGAACAUGAGUCACCAAUAUGGUACGAUCAUGAUCAAGUCUCAUUCAUGGAUUCACCAAAGCAACGUCAGCACUCUCAGUCUAGCCUCACUUACCACUAUCCUAAUUACCCUUGCAAGAAAGAGCUAGAUAAUUUGCAUUACCAAAUCCCACCUCCUCCUCAUCAUCACCAGCAGCAAUUUCUUCAACUUCCUCUUUUAGAAAGUCCUAAAUUUCCUCCACCACCUCCAUGCAGUUCAAUGCCAGUGUUUGCCGUUAACGUUAAUAAUCAUGUGCAUCAGUAUGGAAACAACAACAACAAUAUUAGUACCAAUACUAAUCAACUAGUUGGAGAUGAUCAAUUGAUGGAUUGGCGAGUGCUUGACAAAUUUGUAGCUUCUCAACUUAGCCAAGAGGAAGUUUCCAAGGAAAAUGAUUACUCAAAUGCAGCAAAUACCUUAAAUGUUCCUACCGAUGACUCAAAUUUGAAUAUGGUCAGAAAUUUGAACAAGCAAGAAGCAGCUACGGAAAAUACUUCAACGGCAUCCUCCUCUUCUCAGAUUGAUAUGUGGAAGUGAAUCGAAAUCCUCCUAAUGAAGACAAAGUAAAUACUGAUCAUAGGAAGUACAGUUCUUUGUUGACUAAAUAUCAAGUAUUAUUUGUACAUAAUAAUACUACUAAGAAAAUUAUAUAAAUGGCCCUUCUACUAAUAUUAAGUUAAGGGAACAUGAAUUAACUGCUUGGUGAUGAAAGAAUAGGUGAAUUAUAUAUGCAAGCCAUCUUUAUUAGCUGCUUGAGAUGUAAUUAAAGCAUUUGCAUUUUAUCAGGCAUGGCUAUCGAUGUUAUGGUAUGAUAGUUAUUGCUUUGGUUAUGUAAACCAGUGAUAUUUCGAAUGUGUUUAAAUGUUAUAUUAUGCAGUGAUAUUAGAUUAAUAAUA